AUGUAUCAUUUGAAGAAUAGUAACUCAUCAUCUUACUGCUUUGUCACCCCCUCGCCACAUCAGAUACUCCACGACUGCAUUUCACCUUUCCUUGUCGGUUUCCACGGCGCCUUCCAGUAUGAAGGCAAUAUCGACAUAAUCAGUGAGUUUAUGGACCUUGGCGGUCUUGACAUCAUUCUUAACUACGCCGGCCGCCUUCCAGAACCGAUAAUCUCAAAGAUUGCUUCAGCAGCAAUAACUGGACUCACUUAUAUGUGGAGGUCCUUUCAUUUGAUCCACCGGUAA